AUGGAAAGAUUUAGAAAAGCAUUUUUUGGGUUAGUAUUUAAGGAAGGAUCCACAUAUAAUGUGCAAAAAGCAUUGAAUGUGAAGGGUUAUUUCAUGAUCACUGCAACCCCCAUAUGGGCUAAUCUUUUCCUGAUGGAAGAAUCCUCGCUUGGAGAUAUUAAUACAAUGAUAAAGGAAGAUGAGGCUUGGGUGAAGAAGUGGUUCGAUGAUAUCCACCCUUGGUUGCUGGCGGACAUUGAUAACGAACGCUUAACAUGGAUGAAAUGUUACGGAUUGUCAUGUCAUGCAUGA